UGGCAAACGAUGACAACGUCGUGGACACCACCUCCGGUCAGUCUGCGGUCCCAGGUACCCUAGACCGCAGCAGCCUCUUCCUCGAUCGUCUCUGCCCUCCUUCGACCGCGUCCAACGUCUCCUCUUUAUCUCUCCGCUUCUCGUUUCUGUCCUUCCCACUUCAAUUUUCCUCGCCGUCAUCGUAAUCUCUUCUUCCACCGCUCUUGACUCGCGUUCUCUCCGCGGUUCGGUCGUCUUCCUUCCACUCUCGCUGUCCGUCCGUGUCUUCCCUUUUUCCUCGCUCGUUCGCUCGCUCGGUUCUCUCUUCUCGCGUAAGAGAGGCAGGGGAGAGAAGGGGCAAAGACGCUUUUAGACACGGAGCGUCCACGAGCGUCGCGACGCCUUGAGAAGCAGUAGUCGCGUACCUUAGGCAGCUUCCACCUUGCCGGCUCGCGGCCGCACGUAACGUGAUUCUCCUCCACGUCUGCUCGACGUAACGUCGUCGCGAAUCUCACCGUUUCGCAUCGCCCCGGCUCCGAACGGCUCGUCGCUCCCUGGAGACACGGACAAACUCGAGGAACGGGGACGGAGCAGUGGUUCUCAGUUGGAGAACGCGGGCGCGCGCGCGCGCGCGACGCUCGACGGACGAUAGCUCGCUACGGUCCCGUUCUUCUAUGUGCACGAGUUAAAUUUGGGUCGAGGCUCUUCAUCGGCGAGCCUCUGGAAACGACAAACGAUUCGGUCGAUCUUUACGGAAUGGUCGACUCGGACAGAUCUCUGUGAUCCCGUGCGAGGUCGAUGGUGUACGCGCGAAUCGAUUUCGCGCGACCAGGGAAGGCGUGUUCCGUCGCCGUGGUGGAUACGGCAGUCGGUUCGAGGGAGAAGAGAAACAGUGGCAGUCAGCUGAAUUUCGGUGGGAUCUGCGAAGUCUAAAUUAAUCUGGAGCCCGUUGUUGUCCAAGUCCGGAACGCGCGGGCCUGUUGCUAGCCGGCGUAAAAAGAGCGUAAAGUUUCGUACGCGGAAUAAAAAUAAGCGCGAUACGGGGAGCCGAGAGAGUUGGAUUGGUUUCUGCGUUCUCGCCAGGUUAUGCGUAUCACGUUGGAAACAUCCAGGCGAUUUCCCACUCGACGAACAAGUGGCCAUUCGGCUUUUAUGUAUAUUCGAAGGAAGGGCAGACGCGACUUCUGCCGCGUAACGAUUCUCCAAAUACAGCCAAACCCUUCACCCUUGUUCACUUGAGCGUAACGCACAGUACAAGCACUCGACCAUAUCGACAUCAUUCCAUCCCGGGCCCGAGAUUCACCCAAUUUUCUUCCCGACGUCGUCCUUCCCACGAAAAAUUGCGCCGCUCGUCGGUCGGCCAGAAUCUUGGUCGCAAUUCUUCACCAGCUGCCGGCUCGGUUCCACCGUUGUGACAGAUCUGACGUGCAUCAGUGUCGUGCAAGUGCAGUGCCGCCGACCAUUCCGUUUCGUUCUUAGCGUGAGAAUUUCCAAUGAUGUCGAAAGCGUUCUGAUAACGCGAACGCCGCGCGUGUCUGAUGAUGAAAUAGUGCACCCUGGAGCCAGUGUUCGGGUCGUCGUCGUCGUCGUCGUCGUCGUCGUCGUCGUCGGUCGGUGAUCGUGUUCAAAGGGUAAAACCAAUUCCGCGAAAGUGGUUCGCGUGGCGAGGAAGGAGAAGAGCGCGACGAUGGCCGAGCGUCCGGGGGUUAGGAGACGUUCGCGUCGCGAUAGCAUGGAGACCGGUAGUGGCUCGGUACGAGGCACGCCUCCGACUUCUAAGGAUCGUAGGACCAAGCGAUCGAGCAAACCGUCGAAGGAACGAUGGCUGCUGACCAGAAAAACGUGGCGGUACAUGGCCGAUGCCGGGAGACGUUUGAUCCCGGACGGGACGCACAACAGGCCCGAGGAUAUCCCGAAGAUAGAGCAGUACUUUCAGGAAGUAUGCCAGAAGGAGCCGAGAUUUUUACUUUGGAGGAAGUCUUCUUAUCCGGGAACGUUGGGCUUUCGAUCACAGAGGCGACGGAGACACGUGAAAGGUGGCAGUUGCCGAACGAAGGCUAGCUCGGCCGACGAGGCCGAUGAUAUCAGGAGCAGCCCGUCGUCUCAAGGUUUCGUACUUCGCACCACGACGACGGGCAAGUUCGAUCUGGCCAAGGCUAAGAGAGAAUGGCUGUUGGCGGCUUCCGAAGGAGGAGGGAGUACACCGUCUAGUCCCGUGGAGCACAGGAAACUGUUCCAGCACGAGGAUGCUGAGACGAAAGCGUUGGCCGAUAUGCUGCAGAAGUACCUGAACAUGCAGAGCCAAGUCGCUGAUACGACGAAACCCUCUGGGAAAUUAGAGACGCUUAGCCAAGGAGAAGGAAAAGAGACGUUCGAUUAUCGAAGUUUGAUAGACAAGCUACAGCAGCAUCUGGAUUUGCUGCUCGCCCAAGCGAAACUCGAAGAACUUUCAAUCGAACGAGCAUCGGCAGACAAGGCCGUGACGGAAAAAGUUUCCAAGACCAUGCAACCGUAUCAGGGUGACUACGUGCACAAAUCGUUGAUGGACACUAUUAGCCGUUACUACAGUAAAUCCGGGACUCGCGAACACGUGAUCUCGGCUAUUCUAACGGAUCGGAAACUCUUGGAGAAGUUGUAUUUCGAUCUGAGGUGCACCAGGGGGUUCAGGGGGCCACGUGCUACCGGUGCGUACACGUCGCCGCCUUCUCGCUGGUGGCCUCACCAACGUAGCAGAGUUCCGACCAAGCGGGACUCUGAAGAGUGGCUUCCCGCGAGACGGGAACCUGUCUCCUUACCGCCUCUGAUAGCCGUACAAGAACCCAGCACCGAUCGCGUCGGUCCCAUGGAUCACGGCGUUCAAACGGAUCCGGUCCCUCGCGAAGUCAUCGACGCCAUCCUCUUGUUAGAGAAAGAGAAGGAAGAGUCAUCUUCCAGAGAGACGCCUGUACACAAACCGAGUGGUCGUAGACGAAGCAGCGUGGACAACGACGACGUUUCACCCUCGGUCAGUGAUACCAUCAAAAGAUAUCUGCGCAUGGCCAGAAAAAAGUCCAUGGAGGCCGACAAGGUCGACAGGUUCAAACGGGUCAACUACGAUAGAAAUCUAAGAAAUAUCAAGGCCAAGGGGGAGAUCACUAAGCUGAGCGACGACGAAGGGAACAAUAAGGGUUGUCAGACCGAUGAUAAUUGGGCUGUUAACUAUAGAGAAAUGUCCUCGACAGAGAAUCCAUUGGAGAAUUUGUCCGAUGCCGACACGACCACCUCGCCGCCGAGCAGAAACGCGAGCUCGAGGAGCAGCAUCGACGCUGGCCUCGGUUCCGAGGAACCUUUAACUCCUAAACAUCAUCAUCAUCAUCAUCAUCAGUCCUUUCUCUCCCAUCUCCUACACGGUUCUAACGCGCACAAGGAUAAGCCGCAUUCGGCACCCGGUUCACCGGCACUCACGUCAUCGUCCGCCAAUUCCGCAGGUGGCACAGCGAUGCAGAAGAGCAAGUCCUCGAGCAGUGUGGUGCAUCACGGCAGCCGACUGGUGGCCAAGAAGAUAUGGCGGUCGAGGAGCAAGAGCACUUCGAGGGCGUCCAAUCAACCCUCCAUCUGGACACCACAGGGCAAGUGUACGUGGGCGGGCACCGGUGGACGACGUGUCACCCUGCAGGACACCCAGCUGAGAUCGUUAUCAGAGAUCGAGAGGAAGGUCCUGUGCAACGUGGCCGUCGCGAAGCUUCAAGCCCUGAAUCUAGGUGUCCACAUCAGACCGCCAACUGAAUCGCUCGGCAGCAGUUCCGUUGUCACGAAGCCUAAGAGAAGAGCUCAUUUGCUCAAGAGGAAAGCUCUCACCACCGGCUUCUUCGACAACAAGGGAAAAGAUGAUAAGGAUAAGGAUUCGGCCGGUGGCCUGGUAUUUGGCAUACCGUUGUCACAGUGUUUGGAGAACGAUAGGAUCGCUAGAAUCGCUGCUGGUGAGGUCUCGGACGUCGGCUGUUUGUCGAGGAGCAGCAGACACGGCAGCAGAACGAGCUUCACUAGUUUAAUCGAACAGACCGUCGCGGCUAAAACCGACGAGGGUGGCUCGUGCGAGUCGUUGUCGUCGAAAGGCGGCGGCGGCGGCGGCGGCGGCGGCGGCGGCACUCUAACUGGAAGUGACUCCGGAGUACUUGAACUGAGCGACAACGGCGGAGGAGGCCCUCCAGGAGAAUGGGACGCGGUUCCGGGCGUGGUCAGACAGUGCAUCAGGCAUCUAGAAAACACCGGUCUUCGGACACUUGGCAUCUUCCGGGUGUCGCCUUCUAAGAAGAGGGUGAAAAAGUUGCGAGAGGAUUUCGAUUGUGGCCGUGAGACUAAAAUCGGGCCUGAUCAAUGUCCUCACGACGUGGCAGCCCUCCUCAAGGAGUUUUUUCGAGAUCUACCCGACCCUCUGCUCUGCAGGGACCUCUACCAAGCUUUUGUACAUACACAAAAAAUCCGUAACAGGCGACUUCAGCAAGAAGCUCUUCAGCAUCUUAUUCAGCUGCUGCCCACGCCGAAUCGCGAGACGCUCUGGGCACUUUUGAACUUUCUCAGCGUAGUCGCGAUGAACAGCGACGAUCAAAAGACCGAGACGGGUGAAUGGAUGCCAGGGAACAAAAUGGACACGACCAACCUUGCCACGGUAUUCGCACCGAAUAUCCUCCACUGUGUCAAGCCCGGACAGAGGUCGGAAGUGUCUGCGGAGAGGGCGGAAGAGAGGAUAGACGUAAUAAAUGUGGUGAGAGCCCUCCUAGAGCACGCGGAGAUGUUAUUUAUGGUACCGGCAGCCCUUCUGGACGAGGUGUAUCUCCACAUGAUGGACACCCAUCCGGCCGAUUUGGAUCUUGCCCUCUCCCGACGCGCUGAAGAGCAAUGCGGGGAUGAGGCGGAUCCGUGUAGCGAAGCCGAAAAUUUCUCGGUCGAGGAGACCCUUACGACGUCACCAACGACCCCAGCCGGAGCGACCAUGUCGACCAGGAAGGUAUGGACCAGGGAACAAUGCCUCCAUCAAACGGCCGGUGUGGGCGGAGAUAUAGGUCCAAGGCCGAGGCGACCGAAGAGGCCGGGGAGUCGGCGGAAAGAGGAAGGCAGGAGUAACAGCGUGGACAGUGGAUCUAGCGAGGAUCCUGCUGACGCACGCAGACGAUCCUCGCCCAUGGUGAUUACCGCCAGUCUCACUAUACCGAUGUCCGGAGCGUUCACGUUGAACCUCGACGAUCCGGACAUUCCUUACAUCGAGGAGACGCCUAAGCAGCCUAGUGCGCCACCGAGGAGGCAAAGGCAGCGAUCGAUUUCCGGUUGCAGUGAAGGCGGAAGACACGGAAGCGAUAGCGCCGUGGGAUCUUCGGCCACGUUGUCCGGUGAUCAGGCGCCAAGCUCUCCUCCGUCAUGGGCGUCGUCGCCACCUGCCAGCCCGGACAGCGCGGUCACCGCUGUCUCAUACAUCCCCGACCAACAGGCCGUCCUCCAAAGGGUGUCGUUCACCACCUCGAGCGAGGUACGUCAGGUGACUAGAUCGAGCAGCAAUCAGGAUACGUCGAGGAGCGCAGCGCCGUACACGCCGAGCAUCACGAGUAUCGGUGGUGCGGUUUUGAGGUCGAAGACCGCGGACAUCGAGAGGAUGCUGCACAUCUCGCGGCCGGAUACUAAUAUCACAGCGUCGCAGCAGAGCAAGACUAGUUCCAGUGGCACCUCAUCCGAGAGCAAAAAGUACACCAAGAGACGUUACACAGACUCGAGGCAUCAAACACGUCACAUCCCCGAUUCCGAUACCCUGGCGGGGAAAAGCACGGUGACGGUUUCGUCGUCGCCCUCGAUGUCUUCUUCGGCUACGACGGCCGGCGCGCAGAGUCAACGAGCCGGGGCGCAGCCAGUCUGGAAACGACGAGAACUCAUCUCCAGCGCGCCCAAGAACAGAGAGGGAUACUUCUGAACGUCCCCGUGGGUGAUCGGAUCAAAUGUCGGAGGAUCUUAAUGGCUAGUUCCUUUUGAAACUCUGUCAGAAAUGCUUCAAGAUCGUUUAGUUGAAAUUGUGUGUGUGUGUCGAUGUUUCAAAAGGUAAAACAUUUUUAUAAAGCACGGCAGAUAUAAAUGUUCGUCGUACACGAUCGAAUGGAAUACAUUUACCGGAAUCGUUUAUAUUGACUGACUGAUAAAAAAAUUUCUGACAACUACAACAUUCUGCCAAUCUAAAAUCUCGUACUCGUUGCUCAGAUUACUUGUGCCUUACGUACACGGAUCGAUAAAAUAUUUUACAAUUAAUUACAGAAUAGUAAAAAUUCGUAAGGAGAAUUUUAAAGACGUAAAAAUGACUGAACGUACGAUUAGGAAAUCGAAAAUCGUUUACGAAAUUAGACCAACACGCGAUGUUUUAUAAAUCUGCAAGAUUAAAGAGAUCCGAACGAAGCAUGGGAUCCGAUCGCCAAAGCAUCCGUGGAAAAUGAAAUAGAAAAACAAUAUACAAUUACUGCCGAUCAGGCGUGGCCUGGCAAAGUGUUCCUCGACACGUUUCUCGGUUCCGGAAGCCGAGAACCCGUGUGCUCGACGUAUCGUAUAUCGUCGUGGGGUGUCUAUUGGUUCCUAGACUACCGUCCUCGCGCUCGUAAAGAUCUCCGUGAUGAAACGCACGACCCUCUACUUAUACACUUCUCUCAAUCCCCCUUUUAUCGUCGUCUUAUCUCACCUCUCGUCUUCUACAAUCUCGCGUCCGCGGUAAAUCGAACGGGAGGAAUUUUCUACCCUAAUUUAUAUGAAAAAAUGAGAAAUGCAACAUCUAUCUCUGGUAUUCUACAAAUGUAACAUUCUGUAGUAGCGACACUGCGUUAGUAGCGAUUUGUAAAUUAUUUUUACUAUUAUUAUUAUUAUUAUUAUUAUUAUUAUUAUUAUUAUUCACUAAACCGGAAAGAAGGAAGCUUCGAGCGUUGAUGAUUCGCGAAAGCGUUGCGCUUUUUGGGUGAUCGAGACGCCGAUGGAAUCCUCGAUGAGCCAAAGUUAAGCAACAAGACUAGUCUCGAGUUCCUCGAAUUCGUGUCGGGCCAUUAUAUCUCUUUAGCCUAGUCUAUUCAGAUCACAAUUUCUCGACCAUUUCUGUAAUGGCCAACAUUUUUUAUGACCCCAAAUUUUUCUUUAUGAAAAUGAUGCAUGGGUAGAGCGAGAAACUGUGAUUUAAUAGAUCAUUCUAACUUUCAUUCGUUUCGAUGGAACGAUGAAUGUAUCUCGUUUCUCAGUUACUAAUACUGAACGACGAGUAACGAGGUCCAUCGAUCGUAGAUUAUUAUUUUUAUACAACAGCUUGACUCGACAAUUUUCAGGAAAAUGAGCUUUUUUUUCUGGGGAUUUCUCUUCUAUCUCCUUUUUUUAAGAAUUGUUCUCUGCGCCCGAGAGGAUAUCUUUCAAACAGUCCGCGUACUGCCGAGAGGGACGCGUGGCCCGAAAGACGCUCUUUUUAUUCGUCAUUUAAGUUUUCAUUUUCAGUCUUUAAGCUAAUAAUAAAUGAAGAUUAAUUUUUUUACCA